GGGGCCAGAAUUUGAUGGGUGCCUUAUACGCACUGACUGUUGACUCGAUGAUCACCGAGAUUUUCGUCAUUUUGUACACUUUCGUUCCUGUGAUUGGGAGAUCUUUGUAUGAUAUUCAAAAUGGGCUCUAUGCACUCAGCUCCUUUUUCGUCGCCAAGUGGAUUGUUUUCAUGUGUUAUGCUGUGUUUGAUGUUCUGUUGUUCGCCAUUCCAUAUUAUUUCCUGGCGGGACUGGACACGGAUCCCGUGAUUUUCUUCAAAAUGUUGGGCACUCUAUUUUAUGCAUCGAUUUGCUUCGCCGGCCUUGAUUAUCCCAAGGAGCGUGAUAUUUUAUUCGAACGGCUUGGACUGAAGAUUGAUAAUUUGCCAAUUGAUUUCGCUGCACUGGGAGGUUUCCUCGUCGUUGCCCUUAUUAUCGCGUACGUGGGGCUGUUCCGACGUUCCAAGCAAAUGAAGGGUUGAAUGCUCCCUUGUGGCGACGGCGUUACCAUAUGCAUCAGAGCUCUUUGCGAAAGGCUGUGUUCGCUUUGCGUAUCGACUUUUUACUGCAAAUGGCGACGCAAUAGAGGCCCACGCCUUUGCGACAUGCU